AUGGGUUCCGUCCUCCAAAAGAAGAAGCGCCGCUCCGGCCGCGCCAAGGUCAAGAUGCCAAACAGGCCCAAGAAGCUCCUCAACCCUCUGGGCAACGACAUCAUCGCAAAGAACUGGAAUAAGAAGGAGACCCUGACGCAAAACUACCGCCGCCUCGGCCUCACAGCCCGCCUCAAAGCAGCGACAGGCGGCACCGAAAAGACCCUCUCCCAGCUCGAACAGUCCAGAGGCAACGGCAGCACCAAGGCCGCCGCCCAGCGCGACCCCUUUGCCAUCGCCACCACCGAAGAAGCCGUCUUUGAAGAAGCCCGCGUCGAGCGCGACGAGAACGGCAAAAUCAUCAAGAUCCACUACAACAGCAGCAGCAAGCGCAGUAACCCCCUCAACGAUCCCUUGAAUGCCCUCGAGAGCGACGGCGAAGACAACGACGACAACGAAACCGAGGAAUGGGGCGGUAUCGACGACGAGAGCAGGCCCGAGGUGAUUCGCCUUCUCGAAAAGGAGGCCGCGCUGCCCGAGGUCAAGAAGCCGAGGCACAUGAGCCAGCAGGAGAGGGAAUGGCUCGAGAGGCUGGUCGCGAAGCACGGCGAUGAUUACGAGGCCAUGGCGCGGGACCGGAGGUUGAACCCCAUGCAGCAGACGCGGGGGGAUAUUGCUCGCAGGGUGAAGAGGUUGACUGGCAAGGCUUAA